AUGUCUAACAAGUUCGAAUACUAUGGACAUGUUGAAAAUUUAACAGGUGCUGAUGUUAUAAUUCAGGCAGGAGAACAUUAUAAUUUCAAAAAAUUUUUGGCUCAUUCUGAGGUAUUAAAAGACAAAUCGCCAUAUUUUCGUGUUGCCUUAUCAUCGACUUGGGCCAAAAGAGAAGACGAAAAGAUCAUUUUAAAGAAACCAAAUGUUUCACCAACAAUUUUUUGUAUCAUAUUAGAAUAUUUUUAUACGGGUAAUUUACCUUUGGAUCAACAUGAUGGUUUAACAAUAAUUGAUCUGUUGAUAGCAUCCGAUGAACUUUUAAUCGUACAUGAUUUACUUGGUCACAUCCAAGAUCAUUUGAUCAACGUAAAAACCGAAUGGUUAAAGGAGAAUUUUUCAACAGUUUUACAUGUAGUAUUUGAAAGAGAAGCAUGUAAAGAUUUACAAAAUUAUUGUAUGGAUAAGAUAUGUUGGAAUCCGAAAAUAAUUUUUGAUAGUGUAGAUUUCUUAGAAUUUGAGGAGUACAUACUUGUAGCAUUAUUAAAACAUGAUAAUUUACAAAUUGAAGAGAUAGAAUUAUGGGAUUACUUAAUUAAAUGGGGUAUAUCUCAACUACGACAACAAAAAGAAUAUUUAAUAGAAGAUUUAAAAGUAGAUUUAGAUGAAAAUUCACCUCCUUUAAAUGAUAUCAACGAUUUAUCGAAUUGGGAUAAAAGAGAUUUACAAGAUUUAGGAGAAAUAUUAAAAGAUUGUAUUCCAUUAAUUAGAUUUUCUGAAUUUUCCAUAGGGGAAUUUUAUGAUAAAAUUUGGCCUUUAAAAGAUAUUUUACCUUCCGAAUUAAAACAAGACAUUUCUUUAUUUCAAAAAAAUCUUGAAAUUUUUCCCAAAUCAAUUUUAUCCCCAAGGAAACCCAUAAUCUCAAUUAAUUCAGUUAUUAUUAAACCAAAGCAAGCCUCCAAAAUUCCUGAUUGGAUUGAUCAAGUACAAUUGAAUUCACAAAUUAAUUCGGCCAUCUACGAUGAUCCUUCGUUUGGUCCUUGUUUUGGUAAAACUGAUUUAGAUAUGAGGAGACAAUUCAAUGAAGAAAAUUGUUCUGCUAAAAAAAGGUGUUAUAAACAUACAAUUACAAAUACUUCAAAAUUUGCCGUGGAUGAUUAUGAAGUAUUUCAGGUUUUAUGUCAUACUCCUCUUAAAAAUCUGAAUAAUUUAUGUUCUUCACCGAAGAGUGAUUUACUACUAGCCGGAAUUCCAAACCAAUCGCCAAACGAGUCAGGAAUUCCGCAGCAACAUGAUACGGAGUUUGUAAAUCAACAACAUACAAAUCAUUCAUAG